AUGGCUUCUCUUGGUGGUAACAUGUCACCACUCGAUCUCGGAACGAAAACCAUCUUUGCCGGCAUAGCCUUCGCUGCCAUUGGUGGCGUCUGCUUUUCCAGACUCUUUCCUCAAUCCUCCAGCAAGUCUGAUGAAAGCGAAGGGAGCCCGGGGCUUCUCAAGGCUUUCCUGCUGUUUUUCUAUUCCUGUUUCAUCAAGCCACACGGAGGCGACAAGAAGGGCACCCAACAGGAUGCUCUUGAGAGCUUCUACAAGAAGCAAGCCGGGGCCUAUGAUGCCACCAGGAAAGUUCUCCUCCAGGGCCGCGAGGAUAUGCUCGCGCUUUCUGCAGCUCAGCUGAAGGCGAAGGCCCAAGCCCGGCGGGAAGCUGGCGCCCGUGAGAACACCAGACGACUUUGGGUGGAUGUUGGUGGAGGCACGGGAUGGAACAUCGAGGCCAUGUCGGCCCAUGUUAACGUGCCCGACUUCUUCUCCAGCGUCUACCUCGUCGAUUUCUCCCCCUCUCUCUGCGAGGUGGCGCGAAAGCGUUUCCAGAGAUUGGGCUGGACCAACGUCAAGGUCAUCUGCGAAGAUGCGAGGAAGUUCCGUCUGGAGGACCACGAAAAUGAUCUCCCUGGCGGCAAUAUCACUCCACUCCAGACUCCGGCCCUGAGUUACUUCUCCCAGAAACGCCCCGAGCACGGUGUUGCCGACCUUGUCACCAUGUCGUACAGCUUGUCCAUGAUGCCGGAUUUCCACUCCGUCAUCGACUCCUUGUCUUCCCUUCUCUCGCCGGACGGUGUCUUGGGCGUUGUCGACUUCUACGUCCAGUCCCAGACUGACUUCGCCUUCCGCAAUUUCACCGCUGGUCUCGCCAACCGUCACGUCAACUGGUUCUCCCGGACGUUCUGGCGCGCCUGGUUUGACAUUGACCGCGUUGGCCUCGAGGCCGCUCGGAGAGACUAUCUCGAAUACAAAUUCGGCACUAUCCUCGGCGUCAACGCCCGCAACCGCACGCUCGGUCGAAUCCCUUACUACAUCUGGAUCGGCUGCCAUAAGAAACCCUUCUCCGCGUCGGCCCUCCCCCACGAGAUCAUCGAAAAGAUCGAUGCCCUCGCCACCGAAUCGCCUCUCCUUUACCCCGUGAACCAGCGUGACGCCCUCACCCGAGCCAUUGAAAACUCGGCUCCCGAGAUGCGCUCCAAAGCAUUCAUGACUGCCAUCCAGAAUCUCAAUGCGAAUCUGCCCUUGCCGUCGUUCUUCUACCAAAAUCACCACUGGCGCAUUUACUACGACGACCAGCUGCAGAAGCACAGGCAGUUCAACGACGAGUACAUCUACGCCUUUACGUGGGAGGACUCUCGCGUUGAUGAGCGACUCCUGAAACUCGGCCCCGACGAUGUUGUGCUCGCCAUCACCAGCGCCGGUGACAACAUCCUGUCAUACGCCAUGCAGAGCCCUGCGCGGAUCCACGCCGUAGACCUGAAUCCUUCCCAGAACCAUCUCCUCGAGCUCAAGGUUGCCUCGUACUGCGCCCUCCCCUACGAGGACUUUUGGAGGCUUUUCGGCGACGGCAAGCAUCCGGACUUCCGUUCUCUACUCGUUUCCAAACUGUCCCCGCACCUGUCAUCGCGCGCCUUCCAGUACUGGCUCCAGAACGUCCACGUCUUCGCCAACACGGGCGGCUACGGCCUGUACGACACGGGUGGCUCCCGUCACGCCAUCCGCGUCUUCCGCUGGCUCACGCGCAUCUUCGGCAUCGUGGCCGCUACGCAGGAAUUCCUUUCCACCCGCACGCUCAACGAGCAACGCGAGGUUUGGCGUUCCAGAAUUCGGCCCGCCCUCCUCUCCCAGCUUCUGUGCAAUGUCGUCGUCUCGCAGGAGUCCUUCCUCUGGUCCGCCCUCGGCGUCCCCAAGAACCAGCUCGCCAUGAUCGAGGCCGACCACGCCCAGUCCGCGGCCGUCAAGGGGCCGAAACCUACAGCGAAGAACACCCGCUCCCACGCCAUUUUGCGGUACAUGAUCGACACGCUGGACCCCGUCGCCGAGCAGACGCACGUCGCGACCGACAACCCUUACUACCACGUCUGCAUGACUGCAAACUUCACCCCGCGCUGCCACCCGGACUACCUCUCCAAGGCGGCCCACGCCCGCCUCUCCCGGCCCGGCGCCCUCGACGGCCUGCGCAUCCACACCGACGAGCUCAACGAGGUCAUCUCCCGCAUCACACCAGGCACCCUCACCGUCGCCGUCAUCAUGGAUAGCAUGGACUGGUUCGACCCGGCGCCCCCCGCCGCGGCGGCGGCGGCGCAGAUCUGCAAGCUCAACCGUGCCCUCCGCGAGGGGGGCCGCGUCCUCCUCCGGUCCUCCGCCCUCCGCCCCUGGUACGUCGCCGAGUUUGAGGCCCGCGGGUUCACGGGUAAGCGGGUCGGGGCUCGCGAGAACGGCGCUUGCAUCGACCGCGUCAACAUGUAUGCGUCGUGCUGGAUCCUGACCAAGACGGAGAACUUGCCCCCUCCGACUCCGACUCCGGAGCUGGACCAGCCUGGCUUGGGCGCUGUGACCAGCUUCUCCUUGUGA